GUGCGGAUUUCACUCUUAACAGGGAGAGAGUUUUACUAGGCAGCACAGGAACAUUAACUAUGACAUGUGGUAUCACUGAAUCAGAUGUUGAUACUAUUUACCUUAUACAGAUACAAAGACUUAAAUCAACUACACUAUCUGGAUCAGAUCCUAAUGAUUGGCAAACAUUAGCAUUAAUGGAAUAUGGUACAGAUGAAAGUCCUACGUUAACCGAUGAUAUUGCAGCUGUCGCAACUAGUAAAGAUUAUGUUGCUGGAGGAUCAUGGAAUUCUGACACACCUGCUAGCACAGUUCUGACACUGUCUAUGAACAUGAAGAAGUUAGUUUGUGAUGAUGCAAGGUAUUAUAGAUGUGAAUUGACAUAUAAAAGCUCCACAACACAAACAAGUACUGAUGUUAAAAGGAAUGCCACUUUUUCAGCAUAUGUAAAACCUCAAGUGACAUCAUUAGUUGUAAAAAGAAAUGGUUUUAUAGUAGAAGGAAUGUCACCAUCUAACAUGGCUACUGCUGAGGUAGGAGAUGAGUUGGAACUUACAUGUACUGCUAAUAUAGGAAGCUUACCAGGGACUAGUAUUCGAUGGCAUAGAACAUCUGAAACUUCUCAAAAUGAUGACUUUAUUGGCUAUCAAGCACCACAAGGAACAUAUGAUGAGGGCACUGCAGUCAGUGACAAUCAGUGUGGAUAUACACGAGUAGCUACAACCAGAUACAACACAACAGCAGCUGAUGCUAAUAGGGAUAACAAUCUGGCAUUCGAGUGUUAUGUUACAGUUAGUGGAGAUCCGUAUGGGAACUCGUAUACCUCAGAAAACAAUCCGAGAUUUUAUACUGAUGUCACUAAACCAGGUGAUGGAAUGACAACCAAUACUAUGAUUACAACAGAUAAAAACGAGGAAUGUUUGACAGCGGGAGUUAUUGCUGCAAUUGUGAUUGCCUCUUUUACAGCCGGUGUUUUAAUCGGUGUGGCGUUAACAUGGCUGAAUCUAAGUAGGAAACAAAUAAUGAAAGGUCGGACGGAGCAAAGUCAGCAUCAUACUACAUCAAUAUCCAGAGAAACAGAAUUAAACGUUGCGUCACAUUUACCAAAUACCUAUGAACAACUUCAAAACAGAGCCGAUACUGAAAAUAAUUUGGCUUAUGAUUCCCUACAUGCGAAUACCAGUGCAGCACAAGACAGCCAGUCACAGUAUGAGAGUCUCAAACAGGGAGCAGGGACAUCUCACACUUAUGCAGGUCUAAAAUACAACCGAUGAAAUUGUUUGCAGAUUUGAUAGGACUGCCUUUACUUUAUUUGAAGGACAUACAAAAACAAACUGUAACACAAAUGUUUCUUGACAUAUUAUAUAUCUAUCGUUUAUGUCGAUAUUAACUUGUUCAUAGUUGUACAGGUUAGACUGAACAAUAAAUUGUAACAUUACCUAUUUUAAAUUUCUCGUUCUAAGGAAAAGCCGGUUUUGAAUGAGUUUUAUUACUGGUUAGUUUUUAUUGCCGUCACAAAUAUUCUAACAGGCAAUGUUUAUUGCAAAUCAAAUUGAAAUUUAUCUCUUGACAUUUAUUUUGUAUGAUUUGUUAUUGCUUAUUAUUAUUAUACAUUCAAGUAUUUUUUGUCAUCAUAUAUUUUGAGCAUAAAUAUAUUUUGUGUAUCUCUGGUAUUCCAAUUACAUCAAUAUUGUUGCAAAAUGGAUAUAAGAAACCAUGCGCAAACAUCGAUAUUGUGAUAUCCAGACAAUAUUUAAAGUAGUAUGUUGCAGUUAAGCAAAAAAGACAUAUUUAUAUAUAAAGGCAUAUUUACUUGUCAAUUUGUAAGUGAAUAUACUUUCACACGGAUGUUAAAAACAUAUAAAUAAUGAAAGACAAUGGUGUCUAUCGGAACGUAUACCUCAUUCCGUUAAAUACUCUACUACUUCAUUUAAACUGUUUAGAUAUAUAAACAUAAAAUUAACUCAAGUGUGCUGUUUAGUUCACAUGCUGGAACGUUAUCAUUGCUGGAACUUUGGUGUAUAUUUUGAGCACGUUUGUUAUGGUAGAUACUUUGUAGUCCACCCAGGAGGGGAUCGAUUUUCUAUAAGUUGGAUAUCCGAAAUUUUCCUGUAUAGGUGUUACAAAUUAAAUGUUGCAAGAUGAAAUAUAAAUAUCUCUAUAAACCCUAUAAUAAAUUUAUUAACGCUGGUGCUUAAACUUGUAGAUCUCUAUGCAACUGCCUAUUUACAAAAAAUGAACAGAACACAACCACAAAGUGCUUAAAAACUGGCGAACACUUUGUACUGUCACUUAUAUUUGAAUUACAGUUAUAUACUACAGAUAUGAAACCAGCCUGUUAUAGUAGGUAUUUCCGUACAAUUUGCCAAGCCUUAAGUUAUCUCGAUGAAAAUACAUAUAUUUUUUAAAGUGAAACUUUUAUGAGUACAUUUAUGACGACCCUCGUACACGACACAAUUGAUUAUUAAUUGACGCGUUUUAAAAAAUCAAACUUGCUUAUCUUUAAGGACGCUCUAAAAUGUUUAAUCAUUAAACGAUGUCGAAAGAAUUACCACUGUCACUCUGUCACUGCUUCGGACAGUAUUUCAUCAACACGACAUUAUCUUUUAUACGUUACGCACCACACCAAAAGUUAAGAUACAGAAAUGGUUAUAAACAGGAGAACAAGUAGAGAAGCAGGAAGCUGAUCGUACCUUUAAAAAUAUUCAUUGAUUAAAGUGACACAAAACUCGUAUUGAUAUCAAAUCAUCAUUUAUUUCUCAUGUCCCUCAAUACAAAAUUAUACUCAAAACUAAUUUUCAAUGAAAAUCUUUGAUCGCCCAGCAGCAAUUGCAUUCACCUUUUAUUCAAUCUUGGAUAUACUAACAACAGUGCGUUGUUUGUUUUAACUUUGGUUGUGACUGACCGGGUACAUUAAACUUGAAAAGUUACAAAACGCAGUAAACUGAAGUUCAAAUACAUUAUGUGUAGCUACGAGUUCCUUCCCCUUGCAAUAAGUUAGAAAGAAAGGAAACGAGACAAAACUAUUCGAUGAUUUUGUAGUGCAAUAAACAUAUAGAUUAGCCCGAUCUGACGGGGGAACACUUUGUAAUUACAGAAAACGAUGAAAUAAUUAAAUAGAUAAGAAUGGCAUUUACGUUAUUAUUCAGAUAAAAUGUAUGAUGAAAAAUAACAUAUGUGUUAUUAUUAGUCCCUUGUUUUUGCUCCAUAAUUGUCUAUUUCUUCAUUUCUUUCGCUUAUAUUUUUCCUUAAAUAAUCAGUGUGUAUCCAUUUUGCGUAUCUGCUUAAUAUCUACAACUUAAAAAUUAUUCUGGUUCAAAUCUUACAGGUAGUGUAAAAACAAUAUGUUUUUGUCUUUUUGUUCAGUUUGAUUAUGUUUUGAAUUUACUUUUAUAAAUUGUAAUAACUGAAAGAGGACUCUCAUAAGAUUAAAAA